UCUGUCAGACCGCUGUUUACACAUGGUACGCAUUCAUCACUAGUUACAAUUUAAGAAUUAAAUGCGUUUGUAACAUUUCAUUCAUAAAAAAAAAUUUCUUAUGUAUGUAAAGUAUUUAUAAUGAUACACAUUUUACAGAAACCGAUUAUCAUAGAACUAUACGGCUAUUGCUGCAAGGCGUUACGUAAGACUUGUAUACAAAGUCGAUUUACUUAUCCUGCGAGGUUGAAAAAUGGCUUUGAAGGAUACACGAGCGAUACAGUCGUCACUGCGCAAGAUCUACCAGCAAUUUCUUCAUCUAAAAAUUGCAUUGACUUCGGUCAAGCCGACGUGGAGGCGGAAAACGGUGCUCGAAGAAUUCCGGAAACCCUGUGUCUUACUAAUCACAGUCAGUCUGACGUAUUAAUUAAAUGGAAGGAAGAUGAUGAAGGAAUUUUUGACAUAACACCUGCUGUCGCGAGGAUACCGGCGAGCCAAACGGCUUUGUUCGAAAUCGCAUUUAGUCCCAAUCGAGGAAGCAGUCUCUUUGGGAAUGACCUCAUUGGAGAUGUUUUUGUCGAGCAGCAAGAAGAUCGCUCUGAAAAAGAAACCUUGAUAUUCCCUACAAUCAUGUCCGUGCGGUUAAUUGGUCACUCUUUUCCUGUUUUCUCUGACGGUUGGAUUCCUCAGUACGAGAUACCUCAUGUAGUUAAGAUGCCUCCUUGUGUGCCGUUGUCACCCACGUACACAACAUUUCUCAUACGAAAAUACGGACAUCUCCCACUGAUGUAUCGCUUCGUACCGCCGGCAUCGAGUCACUUCGUCGUGAAGCCGAUGAUGGGCAUAAUUUAUCAGUAUUUACAUUUAGUAUUUAAAAUAUAAUAUUUUAUAUGAUUCUAAUUACUUGGAAAUCUCACUACAAAUACUUAUUGUACGUAAUCAGUGAUAUGCAACCUUUUGUAAACUAAAAGCCAUUUUCAGAAAUAGUCUUGCGUGCCGCAUACACACACACACACACGCGCGCGCGCGCGUGCGCGUAUAUUUAUAUUAAUAUAA